UGUUAAUCAAAAACUGAUCACUGCAUCAAAAAUGCUUGUAAAUUAUUUAUCAUAGCAUAUCUAUCUAUCAAAUUCAACAAUAGUUUUCGUGAUCCAUAUUUCGCGAAUUGAGCUAUCAAAACACUGCUCAGCAUUUAUCUUAAGUACACAAUUUAUCUUCUUUACCUUCCGUCUAGAAAACAUUUUCAGUUCACAAACGGCUUUUUAAAAUUCAAUUUCAAAAAUUGAACUUUAUUUGAACCAAUUUGAACUAGUUUUGUUUAUUUACAAUUUUAAAAAAAAAUACUUUAUUAAAGAUGAGCAAAAUAGAUCAAAAAGAGUAUUUAAAACGUUAUUUAUGCUCAGAUGAUAAGCUCGAGAAGAAGAAGAAGAAGAAAUCAAAGGAUAAAACUCAUAAAAUUGCUAAGAAAACUGUAAAAAUUAUAGAUGACGAUGCUACGGCAUUUAUGAAAAAUGAUGAAGUUGACGAAGGAGAUUUAUAUGCAACAAAUGAGGAAGCUCCACAAAUUGUAGGUUUCAUUGAUGAAAGAUCAGCAUCAGUUAUAAUGAAACAAGAGUAUGAGGAAAGUGGCAUGUGGAAAUCAUUGAAUAAUCAUAAAAAUGAAAUCCCAAUAAGGUCCAAAAAGGAUUCAUCUCCCAGUAGAAUCAAAACUAUUGAUGAAUCACCACCAAGAAAGAAUAGAAGACAUUCAGAUGAAUCACCACCAAGAAAGAAUAGGAGACAUUCAGACGAGUCACCUCCUAGAAAGAAUAGGAAACAUUCAGAUGAAUCACCACCAAGAAAUAAUAAAAGAUAUUCAGACGAGUCACCUCCAAGAAGAAAGAGUAGAUUCGAUAGCUACAAAGGAAAUGUUUCUCCAAAAGAAUUACCAGUCAAAAUAAAGAAGGAAAGAUUGAGCUCAUCACCUUCCAAUUACUAUAUUCGAUCCUCAAAAUCUCCAGAAGAUAUAAAGAGAAACAUAAAAAGAGAAAAAGACAGCUCUUCGCCUCAACAUCCACAAAAAAUGUCCAAAACUCUUGAUGGAAAAGCUUCAGGAUUACAGAAUUCGAGGCGUUUAAAGGAAGAAAAUGAACAAUUAAGGCAGAGACAAGACAAAUUAUUUAAAGAAAUGAAGCCAGAAUUUUCUGGUAAAAAUGCCGAUGUUACAAUUCGUGAUCGUAAAGGCAGAAAUAAGGAUUAUGAAUAUGAUUUAGAAAAUGAGAGGAAAAAAAUGAAAGAAGAAGAGAUCCGUAAAAAGGAAUACGAUAGAUGGGGUAAAGGAUUAAAGCAACUGGAACAGAUUGAAAAAAGGAGACAAGAAUAUGAGCAUGAAGCAAGCAAACCGUUAGCUCGUGAUCAAGAUGAUAAAGAUUUACAAGAUUAUUUAAAGAAUAAGGAACUUGCUGAUGAUCCAAUGCUUCAAUAUAUAAGACGAAAACGAAAAGAGGAAAACACUAAAAAAGGAAUUAUUGAGAAACCUGCAUAUCGUGGAGAUUUUCCUGAUAAUCGAUUCAAUAUUAGACCAGGUUUUCGUUGGGACGGUGUCGAUAGAUCUAAUGGAUAUGAAAAGAAAUACUUUUCAAUGAUCAAUUCAAAGAAAAGCCUUGAAGAAGAAGCAUACCGUUACUCAACAGAAGACAUGUAAACUUAUGACACGAUAUAAAUCUUAGUUUAAUUUUUAAAAUAUUUCAAUGAAAAAUAUGGUCGAUUUUGUACUGCCAAAAAUAAUGGUCAAGUUGUGUCAUGUGCUGUAUUUUGGUCAAAAAUUAAAAUAUGAUAAGUUUAAUAAAUCUUUAAUAUCUUAAGUAUUAUUUAUUUAAAUACAAUAAAUGAUUAACAAGAAAUUACAAGUUUUCUUCUGUAUCGGUUGCACCUUGACUCUUGUUACCAUAAAAUGAAUCGAGAUGUCCUAAAAGGCUACUUAGAGAAAUAUUGUCAAAAUCCUCCGAUCCUCUCUCAUUCUCGUGGUCCC